UUUUGUUUGAGAACUAUCUCAAGAGUCCAAGCGAAGAAGCUGCUAAGCCGUUGAAACGGUUAUUUGAUGGUGGACAAAGUGCUUAUCACGAACGUUCCACAACUGGCACAAUUCAAAAUUUCUUAUACUUUUUACGUACAUUUUUAGUUAACAAAAGGUCCCAGGAUGCUGACGACGAAAGUAAGAUGUUCUAUCAUUUUGACCCGGAAAGUUCCAAGGCUGGAAACAGAAAUUUGGACAACGAUUUUGCAUUGGAUUCCCAAACAACAAACCGCAUCUCGGAGGAAGCUUCCCAAUUAGAUUUAGAAGACGAAAAAGCUGCUCAUCCAUCGCCAAGUUUUGAAAUUAGCGUGAAAAAUUUUAAAACCAAGAAUACUAAGGGAAACGAGAAGUGCUGUAGAUUGGUAGAUGCUUCAUCUCAAACCUCAGUGAAUCCAUCCGGGAAAUUUGAGGAUCGUUCUCUGAAACAAAAGCCAAAGGUUAAACGAGAUACUGGAAACAAUUCGACUACCCAAGGGAUUGAUGUGUAUGUUAAAUAUCCCGUGGCCGAAAGAAGGAUGAAGUCUGAGAAGAUGUUGAAAUGUUUUGAAAAUGAAGACAGCGCGCUGAAAUCAAGAAGUUCCAUUCUCUUCCCCCAGCCACCAGCUCCGGUGCUAUCUCUGAGAGUGAAAGAACUGGAAGAAGAAAUCGCUUUUCUUAAAAAUGAAACGAAGUCAUUACAAGCUAAAUACGAAGACACUUUGGCUGACCUUGGGCGAAUCGAUGUUCAGAAAACUGCGAAGGAAAACGAAGAAAGAAAAUCUCAAUUAUUUCAGCAAAUAUAUCGUCCCCCAUUAUCCGGAGCUACUGUUUUGCCUACCAGCAAAGGCAGACCAAGUAAUGGUAUGAAUGGCUCUCUAAAUAGGUUUCUAAAACCUCAUCCCACAAACGAAAGGGCAGAUGCACAAGCAGUUAUCUAUCCAGCCACUUCUGUUGAACAGCAUGUCGAAGGGGCCGAGGCCUUGGUGCAACGAAGUAAUCAUCAACCUGGAAAAGAAGAGAUAGUCACAAGUGACAAAAACGAAAGCGAAAUUCAAAGAGGAGAUCGACAAAGUACUGAGAUAUCAACAAUCAAGGAUCCUAGCAAUGAGAAUCAAACGCAAAACUCAUCGAGUAAUACAUCGAGGGAGAAGACAAGUGGCGGAGAGGGAAUAAAUCAAUCUGGAAAAGUCCAGGGAGCCAGAGCUUUAGCAUUGACAUCCCGCCAAAGCUAUGAAAAUUUAUCGCUGUCCGUCCAACAAGACGAUUCUGGAACAGAAUACAUAUCCCUUGGUAAUGUACCACCUACAUCUGUGGCAACAACCUUGUACAACAACUACAAGCUCCUGUUACUAUCCUUGAGUCAACGACUUCUUUCCAGCGACGCCGUAAAACUGAAUAACUGGGCAAGUCAGAAUUUCUCAAUCAACAACCCACAGAAUGCUACCGAUAUCCUCUUUCAACUUGAUCAAAAAGCGGUCAUCAAUGCUUCAGAUUUAAGUCAACUUUCUCAUUUCUUUGAAUCCAUCGUCAGAAUUGAUCUUGUGUAUAUUAUCGACGCAUUUCUUCUUGGUGAUUAUAGUAAACUGCGCCAAACUUCAGCAAUUAAACAACAAGCAGCAAAUGCAGCCCAAACCUCCCAGUAUCGCUCCACUACAAUGUAUCAAAGUAUGUUCAAUGCAAUGAACACUGGUCGUCAAUCUUUGGUCAACCCAGCUGCUAGCGGUACAUUACAAACCAAUCCACACAGAAAUGCAGCAACUUUAAGGAUGCCAGGAAACGGCAAUGGACCACAAAGAUCUGUCCCUCAGCAAACGCAACUGGCAGCUUUCCGAAAUGUGCCAGAUACAGCCAAUCCAGCACACUUUCGUAGGUCUCCAAAUGAAACCCAAUCCACGGCCUCUGAGCAGCAAAACCUUCAACCUGCUACAACUGGAUUUACUCCGACUAGAAUGGCUGAUGUAGUCGUUGCUGAUGGCUCUAGUGUUACAA